UCCCAUCCGUUCGGGUCCCCAGCCCCCGGGACGCAGCGGAGCCGGGCGGGCAGCCCCAGCCGCGGCUGUCCCGGGGACUUAGACGCCAAAACCCCUCCGGCCAGGGCAAGGAUCCGGGCCGGCCCAGCCAGCUCUGACAGCCUCAUGGCCCCAGCUAGCCAUUGAGCCCCAUCAUGGGCAGCCUGUACUCGGAAUAUCUAAGCCCCAGCAAGGUUCAGGAACACUAUAAUUACACCAAGGAGACAACGGACACUCAGGAGACACUCUCCCGCAAGGUCGCCUCGAUUCUCAUCAUCAUCCUUUGCUGUGCCAUCGUGGUGGAAAACCUGCUGGUGUUGAUUGCAGUCUGGCGUAACAGCAAGUUCCACUCGGCCAUGUACCUGUUCCUGGGCAACCUGGCAGCCUCAGACCUGCUGGCUGGUGUGGCCUUCAUAGCCAACACCUUACUCUCAGGCCAUGUCACAUUGGGGCUGACACCUGUGCAGUGGUUUGCCCGUGAGGGCUCCGCCUUCAUCACCCUCUCCGCCUCUGUGUUCAGCCUCCUGGCCAUUGCCAUCGAGCGGCAUGUAGCCAUUGCCAAGGUCAAGCUCUACGGCAGCGACAAGAGCUGCCGCAUGCUGCUGCUCAUUGCAGCCUCCUGGCUCAUCUCCCUGGUUCUCGGUGGCCUGCCCAUCCUUGGCUGGAACUGCCUGGACCACCUUGAGGCCUGCUCAACUGUUCUGCCACUCUAUGCCAAGCACUAUGUGCUAUGUGUGGUGACCAUCUUCUCUGUCAUCUUAUUGGCCAUUGUAGCUCUGUAUGUCCGCAUCUACUGUGUGGUCCGCUCAAGCCAUGCUGAUGUGGCUGGCCCGCAGACGCUGGCCUUGCUCAAGACAGUCACCAUUGUGCUGGGCGUCUUCAUCAUCUGCUGGCUGCCUGCCUUUAGCAUCCUCCUCCUGGACUAUGCCUGUCCUGUCCGGUCCUGCCCUGUCCUCUACAAGGCCCAUUACUUCUUCGCCUUUGCCACCCUCAACUCGUUACUCAACCCUGUUAUCUAUACGUGUCGCAGCCGGGACCUGCGGCGGGAAGUUUUGCGUCCACUGAAGUGCUGGCCUCGGGCGGCAGGGGUACAACGACGGCGGGAUGGGACCCCAGGCCACCACCUCCUGCCCCUCCGCAGCUCCAGCUCACUGGAGAGGGGCACGCACAUGCCCACAUUGCCCACAUUUCUGGAGAGCAACACGAUGGUCUGACCAGCAAGCGUGCUUAUAACCAGAACACAGCAGAGGGGUCUGUGGAGAAGUGCUCUGGCCUCAAAGAGAGACAAGGGGGAGCCAGGCAUGAAGCCCCCCCACAGAACUGGGUGAUAAUGGACACUGGCUGGGACACUGAGUAGUAGGAUAGCAGAGCUGCAGCAGGGUCCUUGAGUGACCAUUGUGCCCCUUCAAAACUGAACCAUGGGGAGAGCAGGGUGACAGUGGAACAACACUCAAGGGGAACUCAAGGAUGGAGCAACUGAUGACCCGGUACAAAGGAUUUCAGCCUUUCAACAACUGUGUGACCCUGUGCCCACACCAGGCUCCCCUCUCUGAAUUGACCCACCUGCCCCUUCGCCAUGUUCAGUCAACCUCACCCCACUUCUCUGGAACCAUAUCCCAAGGGACUGGAGGCUUCUUUCCUGGGCCCAAAUCCACAACUUCCCCAAAUUUCAUCAGCUGCCACUUAGGUUAGGUUUCAUCUUCCUUUUCCUCUCAUUCUACCGCAUGCCAGGAAACCACAGGGUGGCAGUGGGGGGUGGGGGUGAGGCUAAUCCCCUAAUCCCGGCUGUCAGACCUCAUUGGCCAAUUGCACUAUUUGUGCCACAGAGGCUGGAAAAACUGGUCUGGGGUUGGGGGGUGUGGUGAAGAGGGCUUGGGCCUCCCAGGGGAGCAGGGUGGAACUUGAGAAAAUUUGGGGGAGCUGUUCAGAGCCCCCACCCCCAAAAACAACCACCCCCCAAACUCCCUCUUCCAGCCCCAGUGAACAUAGUACCAGAUCUCUGAAGGCGGGGCAGCCUUCAGCCCACAGUGCUUCCUUUCAAGUUGUACUGAAGUUGGAGGACAGGGGUGAGGGUGCCAGGGACAGUUGUAGAGUGCUUUCUCCUAACCUGCCCCAGAAGGACUUUGCUAUAGUCUGUGGCAAGAGAUACUGAGGUACGAAAAAUCUAUUUAUAUGUGUCUGUUAGUGUGUAUUUGUGCGCGUGUGCGUGUGUGCGUGUGCAUGUGUAAUGUCUGUGAUCCCUUCUCCCCAUGUUUCCCCCACAAUGGACGAAUGCUGUCUGUCUCCUCAGCCAAAGAGGGGUCCAGCCCUGCACUGACCCCUUUUAAUUGCUGGCCUAUCUCCUCAUUGAUGAGCUGAGUGCAGCCCACCUUGGGGAAGGAAAUUUCACAACUCAAAAUGAUUUUCCUGUGAACACAAAGGCUGGAGCACCUUUAGGACAGGUGCCACUUGAGUGUUGUCUCCUUCAUAGAGGUCCCCAGAUGUCCCCCAUGCCUGAGACCCAGGUUCAGGCCAAUAAACGGUUCUAUUUCUCUUUUUGGUGCUUGUUGUCUUUUUCGGCUUAAGGUGGUAGUUCCACCAUGAACUCCCUGUGGCUCAGUGGAAGAUGGUCAGAGGAGGGUAUCUGCUGUCUAAGUAAUUUUUUGCCAACCUUUCCAUUCCCUCCCGUGGCCCUGCCAGGAUUGCUAUGGCUUCUAAAUGCUGACCUUUCCCCAAGGGCAGCUGUCUGGCCCCUCCCUGUACUUAAUUAGGCCCUGGGACCUUGCUUCCCUUCAAAGAGAGAGCCUGGCAGGAAGUGGGCCCUUUAGCCAUUCCAACUACAUAUCCCACCCGGGAGCUGGGUAGAUGGACUUGUGGGCACAAGCCCAGCCCAGAUAGUCCUCCAAAGGAAUGGUUGACCUUCAUCAGGCACUUCCAGGCAUGAAUCUUUAGGAGGUGGGCUUAGAAAAGUUAAGUUCAGGGUCACACAGCCAUUUGGGACAGUGUUUGUAUGGAGUUGAACCCAGACAAGUGGGCUAACUCUAGAUCCACUUAACUACGCUACGGCCGGAGAAAGGCUCCUCAACCCUCUACUGUGGAAAGAGGGAGUAUGGGCAGCCAGGCCCUGCCAGCCCCACCCAGAACCAGUAGAAGUCCAUAUGGCCUACAGCUGGGUCUCUUGCGCAGUUCUUGGGUAAGUCUCCUUCUUUGUCCAGAGGCACAGGGGCAGUUCCUUUGAAGAUAGAUCUGGAGCUUUGAUGGGGACUGUUGGCCCCCCCAAGCUGAAGCCCCACCCAGCAACACCAGGACAAACACUCUAAGAGGUGUGAGGGGAAGAACAGCCAUAGGCUAAGAGCCUGCGCUCCACUGGAAUUCCCCUCCAAGGAUUCAGAGACAACCUCUGUUUGGAGACCUGAGCCCAGGCUGGGAUUGGGGGAGGAGGAGGUACAGGCCAGGCCAGGUCAGAGUCAGUGAAUUUCCCCCAAAUACCCAUGUGCUUCCUCCAUGCCUGCCUUUAGGCUUCUGCUUCAGUGCCGCCUCCGGAGAUAAGCCAGGCCUGACCACUUCUUCCCUCUCUAUCUAGCCCUCACCUGAUUUUCACCUGGCAGUAUAUUAUAUAUUCAUUUAUCUGUCUCCCCGCCCCCAUUAAUACCUGACCACCUUGAACACUGGAACACAUCUGUCUUACUCACCAUUUUGUUUGUAGCAUCUCAAACAGUUCUUGAUACAUCCCCAUUGCAGGACCUCUGUGCUCUUCCCGCAGACAUCCUUGUGACACCCUUCUACCCUUCAGGUCUGUAUUCAAAUACCACACUAUGGUGAUGUUCUUUGGGCAUCUGUGCACAUAUGACUUAUCCUAUCCUCUUCCCCUUUCUGGUCUCUAAUGUGCAUGCUCAGAACAGUAGCUAAUAGGUGCACAAUAAAUGUCAAAUGACUGCAAGUAAGCAAGAGCAAAUGAUGGUCAUUUCAGUGAGUACUAAGUGCUGUGAAGAAAAUAAAGUAAGGGAAGUAAUAGUUUUGGGGUAUGGAUGAUGGUGAGACCAGGGAAAAUCUCCAGAUUUUCAUACCCCACAUUCUUUUUUUUUUUUUUUUUAAGAUUUAUUUACUUAUUUUUGCAUAGAAGAACUGGGGUGAAGGCCAGAGGGGCAGUGGGUAAGAGGAUUCACUAGAGUCAGAGUAUGGAGCAGAAUAGACAGAUUUACUGAAAUACACAGCUAAGGGGAGCAGCAGCUGAGACAGGAGAGGUCUGCUGCACCCAUACCCCACAUUCAUUAACAGCCCUUUGGAGAUAUGACAAACAAUAAUAACUAUAUGGUGUCUAAAAUGUGCCUGACAUGGUUAAAAGCUUUAUACCAUUGAACUCAUAGACUUCUCAUACAAACUCUAUAGAGCAGGUUUUCUGACAGAUAAAGAAGCUGAGGCACGGAGAGGUCAAGUAACUGACCCAAGGUUACAUAACAAGUGAGUGGAAGGCAGGGAUUUGAACCCAGGCAGUACUUGGUUGAAGUCACAUAUGAUCAUAUGAUCUUCCAUUGCAUCCUGGUCUACUGAUCGCUUUCAAAUCUUGGAGCCUAGAACAGAAUAGACCACCCUAAGGAACAAAAGAUGACGUUUUCCUUUUGCCCUAACAAGGCUACUGGAUCGAGGGAGCACCUCCUGCAGAUUCUUCCACUCAUGGGUUCUGAUUGAAUAGGUGUGGAGUGACCCCAGCAAUGCACAGUUUUCACCAACCACCACCAAUGAUUGGAACAUGCAUAAUCUUUGAAUCAUAUUCUGAGACACAUUCUAGACUCCAUAAUGGAGAGCAGCACUGCCCAAUAGAACUUUCUACAAUCAUGGGAAUAUGCCACAUCUGUAUUGCCCACUGUGCCUAUUUAGCCCUUGAAAUGUGGUUAGUGUGAUGCAGGAAUUGAAUUUUAACUAAGUAUAAAGAGCUUCAGGUGGCCACUGGCUAGUGUCCUGCCAGCACAACCCUGGAAUCCAUGCCUGGUAUGUACAGCCUCUGAGCAGCUCAACUCAUGGCUUUAUGCCAUCAUUUCAACAAAAAUUUCCAAGUCUUACCACUAUUAUUAUAAAUGACAUUGUACCAUCCACAUAGCACUUAAUGGUUUUUGCAAUUAAAAAAUACUAUUAUUAAGAUUAGACUCAGCCACAAAUGGCAGAAAAUACAAAAUAUUAAUAAUUUAAGUCAGAGAAAUUAAUUUAUCAUAUAAAAGGGCUCCAGAGGAAACGGAUCCAGAAUAAGGCUAGCUGCCCACUUUCCAACUGUUUAUCUGCCUACCUACCUAUCUAUCCAUUCACCCAUCCAUCUACCUACCUAGUUUACUGUGUUUCUAAGAACUAAGCAUUCUCUUAUAUAACCAUUCUCAUAAAAUUAUCAAAAUAAGGAAUUCUACAAACCUUGAUUAGAUUUCACCAUGUGCUUCAACUUGGGUCGUCUGAUAUUUCCUCAUGGUCAGAGUCCAGCUCCGCAUUCGCAGAAGCACCACAGAAGCAAUGUCAUUUUCAGCGUCCCUUAGAGACAACGAACCCCUCAGUGGCAAUGUUGAUUUUGCUCGUUGGUAUCUGCCUGGUGUCUCCACGUCAAAGUUAUUGUUUUCACUUUGCAAUUAUUAAGUGUCUUGUGGUUUGGCCCCUUGAGAAACUGUAAAUAUCCUGUUACUCAUCAAACUUUCACUCCUUUAGCAUCCUUUCUUGUCUGAAUCAAUUAUUACUCACUGGAUAUUUUUAAGAAAAGCAGAGGAUAUCACAUCACUUAGUUGGUAAAUAUGCUACUUUUUAUAACAACAUUAAAAAAAAACUUAAUCACAAUACCAUUUUGAUCGUACAUCAGUAGUACCAACAGUGUGAAAAUUUCCCCAUCUCAGUUUUCAUUUUAAUAUUUUAUUUAUGCAAAUCAGAAUCCAAACAAGAUCCUCACAUGGCAUUUAGUUAAUAAACCCCCAAAGUAAUGUUUAACAAGUUUUCCUUUUCAACAAUAGAUUUAAAUAGGUUAAACCUUUUUAAUCUCGUUUAGAAGGUUUAGCAAGGUUUUCUCCCCUUCUAGUAAAUCAUUUGUUGAAGAAACCACUUCUUUAAGAGCUUCUUAAAGCUUAACAUUGGCUAAAGAUAUCUCCUUAUGUCAUUAAAAUAUUCCUCUGGGCCUCCCUGGUUGCACAGGGAGUUAAGACACAAUCUAUGACGCUAUCCACAGCCACUACAGCAUGAGUUCGAUCUCUGGCCGGGGAGCUGAUCCAUAUGGCGCAGCAGACCUUUCCGGACUCGCCCGUUGCUCCCCUAAGCAGUGUAUUUCAGUCCAUCUGCCUGUUCUGUUCCCCACUCUGUCUCUGGUGAAUCCUCUCACCUUUGGCCUGUACCCCAGCUCUUGUAUCCAUAAAUAAAUCUUUAAUAAAAAAUG